AUGGACGGAAUGAUGGGAGAAGGCGACCGCUUCCCGCUGGAGCAGUGGUUUUGGGAAAUGCCCGUUUGCACCAGAUGGUGGACCACCGCGACCGUCGUCACCAGCGCCCUGGUGCAGUGCCAGGUCGUAAACGCCUUCCAGCUCUUUUAUAGCUUCCGCUCUGUCUUCCACAAUGGACAGUACUGGCGGCUAUUAACAACAUUCCUCUACUUCGGCCCGCUGUCCCUCGACCUCCUCUUCCACGUCUACUUCCUCCAGCGGUACUCGCGUCUCCUCGAGGAGACGGCCGGCGGGCCCGCCCAUUUCUCAUGGCUGCUCCUCUACGCGAUGACGAGCCUGAUCUGCCUCUCCCCACUCGUGUCGAUGCCCUUCCUGGGCCACCCGCUCUCGUCGACCUUCGUCUACAUCUGGUCGCGACGCAACCCGGACACCCGGCUUAGCUUCCUGGGCCUGCUGGUCUUCACCGCGCCCUACCUGCCGUGGGUGCUCAUGGGCUUCAGCCUGAUCCUCCACGGCACCAUUCCCAAGGACGAGAUUAUGGGCGUCGUUAUCGGGCACAUCUGGUACUUCUUCAGCGACGUCUACCCGCCGCUGCACCAGGGCUCCAGGCCGCUGGACCCCCCGAUGUGGUGGAGGCGGCUUUUUGAGGGCAGGAGGAACGACGACACGGCGAACGCCAUCAACCACGAGAUUGCGGUCGCCGGCGCUGAGGUCGCUCCCGAAGUGCGGUAG